AUGGGAGAUGAUUGCUGUAAUGUUGACUCUAUGGGAAGAAUAAAAUCUUUAAUUCAACAUCGAUUACCAAAUACUUUUGUACAUAGUAUUCGAAUAGGUAAUACAAUUAAUGAUGAUCAUCAAGCAGGAUUCUUUGGUAAAAUAGAAGAACAAGUGGAUACAAUCUGUAAAGAGCUUUCAAAGAUAAAAGAAUUAAAAAAUGGAUUUAAUGCAAUUGGAUUUUCUCAGCAAUGCAAUCGACCUAAAGUUCAUCGAUUAAUUACCUUUGGCUCACCACACGCUGGUGUAUCUGAUAUUCCAAAUUGUACAAAUCCUAAAGAUUUCACAUGUAAAUGGAUGCGAUCUCUUGUGCAUAAAGGUGUUUAUACAGAUUAUAUCCAAAAUCGGGUAAUUCAGGCACAAUACUUUAGAGAUCCAAAUGAUCAGCAAAGUAAUUUUUAA